AUGUUUGGAGCAAAUAAACGUAAGUUUUUACAUCAGGACUGUAAAUCAUUCUUCUUAGGUUCCUCCCUGUUCGGAGCCACCUCGAUUCCCCAAACACAGCCUAGUUCAAGCCUCUUUGGUCAACAGUCUAGUGGUCUCAGUGGGACAAACAAACUUUUCACUGGAAACCAAAUGAAUACGUUAUCGUGGGGUUCUACGAAUAUGACCUCUAACGGGACAGCGCUUGCAUUUAAUCCACCAAUUACAACCGAAAUAAUUCAACGGGGAGGUCAACCUUCACAAGUAAAUGCAAAGCAUAUGUGCAUCACCGCCAUGAAAGAGUAUCAGGACAAAAGCCUAGAGGAACUUCGUCUAGAGGAUUAUUCUUUGAAUCGCCGUGGCCCAUCAACAGCAACUAGUGGGACUUCAAUCUUUUCUGCCUCAUCCACUGCAAAACCGUUUCAAUUCGGGUCAUCUCAAAUGAAUGCAACAACAUCUAUUUUUGGUCAGACUAAUAAACCUACAAAUACUUUGUUUGGUGCUUCAACCAGUGGCGUUAGUAGUAGCAAUAAUAUGCUUUUUGGAGGUACUGCGACUCAAUCAGCUUUCGGACAAACUUCUCAAGGUCUUUUAGGUUUGAAACCUCAAUUUGGUGCUUCAACUACUCCUAGUAUAUUUGGUUCAACUCCAGCUUCACAGUCCACUGGGUUUGCCUUUGGUCAAACAAAUCAAACUACUUCUGUUUUUGGUGCGAAACCCUUGUUUGGAACCACUACGACUGCUGGCACUGGUACUUCUCUUUUUGGAACUGCGCAAGCUACACCACAACUUGGAAGUACUGGAUUCUCAUUUGGUCAACCGCAACAACAGGCCACUGGAUUAGGCACGUCUACUAGUUUUUUCGGUCAGUCAAAUCAGGCAACAUCUGCUGCUAAGCCUACUCUUUUUGGGACUCAGCCAACGACUGGUACAGGUCUCAUGUUUGGAUCACCGUCUACCGGUAUUUUCGGUGGAGCUAAACCUGCAGGAGCAACGUCAGUAUUUGGUACCCCCGCUACUGGGUUAACGGGUUUGCAGGGUACUCAACAGCAGACUGGAUUUACAUUUGGUUCCCCAUUAGGCACAGCUGGUGGACUGAAACCUGCUGGCACAACAGGUAUAUUUGGAACGAAUACAGCGGCUACAACUUCUAAUGCACUUAAUCCCGGUGGUCUUUUUGGAUCUGGGACCUCAACAGGUUUUACUUUCGGGGCGGGUUUAAAUAAUCAACCUACUGCAUUUGGUAGUCUUGGCACAACAUCUUCCGCUGGAACAACACUUUUUGGUCAGCCUGCUGCUAAUAGCCUAACAGCUAAGAAGCCUUUUGGUUUUGGGACAGCUAAUGCUACUGGCAUUGGAUCGUUUGGUUUUAAUCAGCCUAAUACUGGAACUAGUUUGUUUGGAGCUCCAACUGCAGCUACAGGUUUCAAUCUAGGAACUGGGACUACUUCAGGAUCGUUGUUUGGUCAAACUAGCACAGGUUUUGGUCUUGGUCAAAAGCCUUUGCAAAAUGCUUCUGCUGGUGGUACAUUUGGUGGUAGCUUCGGUUUCGGAGCAAGUACGGCACCAACUGCUGGAAGUUUUGGAAAUAGUCUUUUUGGUACUAAUGUUGGUACUCAAGGUUUAGGCGCUACCGGAGUUCAACCCAUCGGUUCGUCACUAACUGGAUUUGGUACUAUCAAUGCAACAGGUUCUGCUCUUGGUCUGGGUUCAAAUGACCAAGUUGCUCAGUCUAUUAAAGCUCAACAACAAGUUUUGGAAGUUGUUCGUAGUAUGCCUUAUGGUCAGUCUUCACUGUUUCGUUACUUAAACUUACCCACAAAACCUGCUUCCAACGCGGAUUCAAAAGCCCAAGCUCCUGGAGCUAUAGCCCCCACUACUUCUACUGCUGGGGGUGUUAUUGUACCAGCUAAAUAUGUCGCCAAUGUAUUUGCUGAGCGUAAUAAAGCUGCAGGGCUGUUAAUUGGAUCUAGUCCAACUAGUUCUGGUUUAAAUGUUUCUGGUUUUCGUCGCCCCGCUAAUUCUAAUGCUCGUCUCCUGCAGGUAGCUAAUCGCAACAAGUUAUUUUCAGGUUUCUAUGAAGAAGAUGCUUUAACUAAUAAUAAUAAUAAUUCUCCUUUAUCAUCAAAUCUUCGACGUACCGCUUCAUUAGGACCGACUAAUGUUUUAAGUCCUGUCAACAAUAACAACACUAGCAAUUUCUUUGUUAAACGCGGAGAAUGGAAACAUUUACAUUUGCCUGAGAAUGUAAGAAAUUCAAUAUUGGAACGAUCCAAUGCUAUAACUAGUGAAUUAAAUCAAUUGGCCGAAUCAACUUUGGAUACUACCACCAACACCAACACCACAAUGCAUUCUGAUAUGACAAUGAAUAAUAAACAAAUUCCUACUACCUCUGAUAAUAUCCCAUUAAAAGAAUUGAAUCAAUCUAUUGGUACUAUUGACAAGAAAUCGACUCCAGUGACAAUGAAUGAAUCAUCAAGAAAAUUAUCAACUGAUAAUGUCAAUAGAAGAGCUUUAAAUUCUCCAUUGAAUAAUCAUAUUCCUCGACAGAAUAAAAUGGAUACUCCAAUUCGAAUGCAUCAUAAUAUAUUACAAGGAAGUAUUAUCAGUGAAAAUAAUACCGAUUCUAUAUUAUCUAGUCCAUCCAAUAUUACUUAUGAUGAUAUUUCUAUACUUCGAUCACCUAAUUCGGAUCAACAACAACCUGGUGAUCGAGAUACACUAGAUUGGGAUCAAUUAAAUCAUUCCAAAUCUAAUACUGCCACUCCUACAUUAAAUGCUUCUGGUGUAAUUUUAACAAAACCUGGUUAUUAUACUUUGCCGACAUUAGAUGAAUUAGCUGAAAUGGUAGAUAAUGAAAAAUGUUUAGUAGAAGAUUUUGUAAUUGGUCGUCGUCUUUAUGGACAUAUACUAUUUCCGGGUAUUACUGAUGUUUAUGGACUCAAUUUAGAUAAUAUUGUACAUAUUCGUCGACGUGAAGUUGUUGUUUAUCCAGAUGAUGAAAAGAAACCUCCUGUUGGUACUAGUCUGAAUAAACGAGCUGAAGUUUGUUUGGAAUCUAUUUGGCCUACAGAUAAAUCUACAAGAGAACCAAUUAAAUCUCCUGAACGAUUAGCUUUAAUGCAUUUUGAAGAACGUCUGGAAAAAGCCACCAGAAGAAUGGAUGCCAGAUUCAUUGAAUAUCGACCAGAAUCCGGUUCUUGGGUAUUUGAAGUCAAACAUUUUUCCAAGUACCGAUUAGACGAUUCAGAUGAUGAAGGUGAAGGUGGCAGUUGUGAUACAGACUCACUCAACAAAUCACAAAUUAUUUCAAGAACGACUGAUUUCAAAGCAAAAAGUUUAUUCGAUAACGAUCAAUCAUUCAAUGGAGAUGAGGAUGCAUUCAGUAUCACGCAUAGAAAUGAGAAACAUGCAGCUAUUGAUUCAGAUCAAGAAACACUUAAGGAUUUUCAAUUGAAAUCGUAUGUGAGUAUGAAGGUGAUUGAUCCUCAAUUCGAUGAAGAAAAUGAUUUUUACAUUCCCAAAAUAUUUCGCACCUUACCAUCGUAUCCUCCAACAUACGAUGGUAUCGCAUUAUAUAAAGAUGAUAAAUUAGACCAACGAAACGAUCUACCACAAAGUCUACAAUUGUCAAUUAUGGAAAUGAAUAGUCAUCAAUUGACCAAUGAUAACAACUUCCCAAUGACUUUGUAUCCAUAUGAUAUUAUAACCAAAUUAUGUGAUACAUCAUUAAUGAAAUCUAUUACAAAUCAUGAGAAUAUAACAUUGAUAAAUCAUGCUUCACAUUGGGUAUUAGAUUCUGGUCUUUGGCAUGGUCAUGGUAUGCGUCCAUCGUUUGGAUAUUCACGAUUUCCUGAAUUUCAUUCGAUGGUACUAAUUUGUCCAUCACCUGAUGAUGUUGUUGAUGUUAUUGAUGAUAAUAAUAAUCAGUGCAAUGGUGAAAUGAAUUUCCGACGAACAAAUUCCAUUACAUUCUUCACAUUAUCAUCACCGAUUGAAUUGUUUGAUGAGGAUAUGCUUAAUUCAGCAUUGACUACAUCUAUAAAAGUUAUACAAACUAAUGAUAAUAAUUCAUUAUUAAAACCACCAUGUGAUCAAUGUCCAUUAUGGCGUCCAAUUAUUGGUUUAGUCGCUUUGGAAUCAUAUACACGUAUAUUGAAUUGUGAUCCUUUAAAUAAUAUCACUAUGAAUUUUCAUGAAUUAGAUGAAAAUGAAAAAUCUAGUGUUCGAUUAGCUGGUUUUCGACGAAUUUUCAGUCUUUGUCAAGCACUUUGGGGACGUCAUCCACAAGAAGCUGUAGCUGAAGCAAUGGCUGAAAUUGACAGUACCUCCGAUAAACUAUUCAAUGCAAAGCUAACCAAUUCAGAUUUUCCUAUUUUAACUGAAACUAAUCAACCUUGGAAUGGUAGUGAAUGCAUUAAUAAUGAUGUUUAUCGUAAUUAUAAUUUGGGCAAUUAUCCGGUCAAUGGUUAUCGUGAAAUUUCUGGUAUGCGUUCUUUGGCCAGAAAACAAGCUGUUUCAGAAUGGAUAAGAACACAGUCAUUCCCAUGGUUGAAACACAAACUGGAAUCUUUACAUUUAACUGAAGCAGCUGGUUUAAAUGAAAUUGGUACUGAUUCAUUUGAGCCAUUUUCUAUGUCUAAACUCAAUUCCAAGGAUUAUAACAGUGAUGUGUUAGCACAAGGAGUGUUUGCUUGUUUGGUAUCAGGUGAAUCUGGUGCUGCAUGUCGUUUAGCCCUUGUAUCCAAUAUGCCAGCUUUAGCUUCGUUAAUAGCACAGUCAACUUCUGGUGAUCCAGUUGUCCGGAGAGGUUUACAACAUCAAUUGAGUAAAUGGCAUGAGAUAAAAUUCGAUCAGCAUAUUCCAAUUAAUAUGCUUCGAGUGUAUUGUCUACUAGCUGGAAUUACAGAAUUCCCACACCCAUCAAAUAUGUCUGCUAUCUCUGUUCUUGCUGAACUUUAUUGGAUUCAAGCAUUCGGUGCACAUAUAUGGUAUAUAUGUGAUUAUCAAGCAAAUUUAGGCGAGAUUUUAUCCGUCUACAGUGCCACUUGGCAUUCUGAUCAAAGGCCAAACACAACACAAGGAGUACCACGACCAAGUCCACCAACAGUUGACAAACUUCUCAAUACAAAUCAACCUGUUUCACCAGUCAAAGACUAUCCUAUUAGUGAAGAAAUAGAAGGUCCAAAUCCUGAAAUCAAAUUUCGAGAUUGGCCUCGUGAUACAGCUUAUCAUCUUCUGGAAUUGUGUCGUAAACAGUUUCAUUCCUUACACAGAACAUUGGAUCCAUGUUCUUUCAGCCGAGGUUCUUCAUCAACAUGUGUUUUGGAUCGUAAUAAUCUUUUGGAUUGGUCUAUGUCAUGGCAUUUAUGGCGUUUUCUUGUAUCAUAUGGAUAUCAUCACUUUUACGAUGAUUUUUCUACAGACUUUUAUGAGUUAUCUACUCGUAUUUGCAAUGAAUUCGCUACACAAUUAGAAGCUGCAGGUCUUUGGGAAUGGUCAGUGUUUGUAUUACUGCAUAUAGAUAAUGCAAAAACUCGUGAAGCAUCGGUAAAAUGUCUUAUCGGUCGACAUGUAUCAUUAGUUCUACCGUCAGGUCUAUUGAAUAAUUCUAAUAAAAAUUCUCCAUCUUGUUUAUCGGGUAUAAAUUUCAUGUCACAUGAAAUCUCUUUACUACCUAUACCAUCGUUAACUAAACCGGAAUUAUUUGUAGUGAAUCGUUUGGGUGUUCCUGUUCGUUGGAUUCAUGAAGCAAAGGCUAUAUUAGCACGACAUCGUUUAAAAGCUUUUCUACAUAGAACAAAUGUCAACACUGUGUCACAACGUACUUUAAUCUGUACGGAAGAUCGUAGCCAAUUUUGUAUAUUAGCAAUGCUUGAAGCAAGUCAUUGGUUUGCUGCUGGACGUAUUCAAGCUGCAGAUGAAGUUUUAUCAAAGUAUAUAUUACCAGAGCUUAUUUUACAUACAAAUAUUUCACCUUAUUCAACUUGUCAACUAAGAUUUGAAUCUGUAUACUCUGCAUUAGGUCAUCGUAUUGCUCAUUUACUUGAGCCAUAUAAUUCCUUAGCAGAAAAUUGUCUACCAAGUGAUUUUCAUUCGGGUGUCGGUGUUUAUCGAUCAUUCGGUGAACUACUUUGUCUAGUAGAUGAACUUACCAAUUUCUGCAAGCAAUCACCAUCACUAGACAGUGUAUUGUAUAGUCCAAGCAAGAAAAAAUGGAAAGAAGAUACUGAUUUCAAUGGACUAGAUAAUUUAGCAUUAAUUUUAUCAAAAUUAAAAUCUAAAGUUCCUAGUGUAAUAGAAGAGAUUAAUUUAAUGAAAACUAAUUCAUUUAUUGAAAAAGUUGUACGCACAGAAAUGGCUGCCGUCUGCAUACAUUUAACUUCUGCCUUUCUUGCAGCCAGCUGCUUGGAGAACGUUAAUGACGAACAAAAUUCAUCGACAAAUGAAUUCAUCAAUAAUCAAGAACAAAAUACAUUAAACUACCUGGAGCAUCAACUUGUCUGUAUGACUAAAUUAGGGUUGCCGGCAGAUUAUCGAUUGAAAGAACUUCGUGCAGUUGCAGAAAUUAAAUUAUCUUUAGGUGCAGUGUAAACAAGAUAUGUAUGAACUUAUCCACAGGUUGUAACUAUUUUUU